CUCAAUUAUUGUUAAAUCCCCAUUAAAACAUUGUAAUAGACAAAAUAAAAGAAAGGAGAAACCUAGUUGUUUAGUCUUCCGCCUGAUACAUGCUCCUGAUUAAACUAUGGACUCAUUGAGAUGCAAGGGUUCAUUUUGAUCAUUAAACAUUUCAUUCUUAACUAACUUUCCUACAUAACACAAACCACACACCCUAAUGAAUCUCCGGAAAAUAAUGGCGGAGCUGAUCAAUAAUGAAACCCUUCCGAUAGUACUUGUUGCCAUUUUCUUCAUUCUCCUAUACAGGUGGUCUUCCACUUCCACUUCUACUAGAACAAUCUCACCACCUUCUCCACCAAAACUCCCCAUCAUCGGAAAUCUUCACCAACUAGGCUCAUCAAGGUCUCCGCCACACCUCGCACUCCAAGCCUUGUCUCAGGUCCAUGGCCCUCUCAUGCUCCUCCACUUCGGAAGCGUCCCCGUCCUCGUCGUCUCAUCGGCAGAGGGUGCUCAGGCGAUCAUGAAAACACAUGACCUCAAUUUCUGCAGCAGGCCUAAGUCCACCGUCUUCGCAAAGCUUCUCUACAACUCCAACGAUGUGGCCACCGCGCCUUACGGUGAGUAUUGGAGGCAGGUGAAGAGCAUAUGCGUGUUGAAUCUGUUGAACACCAAAAGGGUUCGGUCUUACUGUGGCGUUAGGGAAGAGGAAACCAAAGCCAUGAUCAAGCAGAUAAGGGAUUCAAAAGGAGUAGUGAAUUUGAGGGACAUGCUUAUGACGCUUACAAACGAUGUCGUCUCGAGAGUGGCUCUAGGGAAGAGUUACUACAGUGAUGGGGGUUUUAAAGAGCUUUCGGUGGAUCAUACGGAGUUGCUGGGAAGUCUUUAUAUUGGGGACUAUAUUCCAUGGCUUGGUUGGUUGAGCCGUGUCACUGGUUUGGACGCGAAACUAGACAAAGUGGCUAACCGGUUUGAUGACUUCUUGGAUGUUGUAAUUCAAGAGCAUAUGGAUAAUACUGAUCAGAAGGAGGAGGACCAAAAGGAUUUUAUAGACGUUUUACUUGAGAUUCAGAAGGAAAACUCGCUUGGUUUUCGUAUUGACAGAGUUAGCAUUAAGGGUGUCGUCUUGGAUAUGUUUCUUGCUGGGACCGAUACCACAGCUACACUUCUAGAAUGGGCCAUGUCUGAGAUUAUAAAGCACCCAAGUGUUAUGAGCAAAUUGCAGAAUGAAGUAAGAGGAGUAAACAAAGCUGAAGAGGACAUACUAACAGAGGAUGAUUUGAUUGAUAUGCCUUACUUGAAGGCAGUGAUCAAGGAGACUCUUCGCUUACAUCCUCCGCUUACGCUACUAUUGCCUAGGAUAUCAACCCAAGAUGUGAAAAUAAAUGGUUACGACAUUAAAGCCAACACGCAAGUCAUAGUGAAUGCUUGGCAGAUCGCGAGAGAUCCCAAGUCGUACGAUUACAAACCAGAGGAGUUUGAGCCAGAAAGGUUCUUGAAUGCUAAUAGUGGUAUAAGUUAUAAAGGAAAUGAUUUUGAGUUGAUUCCGUUCGGAGCUGGCAGGAGGUUGUGUCCUGGGGUUCAGUUUGCUACAGCUGUUAAUCAGAUUGCUCUAGCAAAUUUAGUGCACAAGUUUAAUUGGACAUUGCCUGGUGGAGUAGGAGGUGAGGAUUUAGACAUGACUGAAUCGUCCGGUUUAACAGUUCAUAAAGACGACCCUCUUAAGGUCGUUGCUAUUCCAUAUUCAUCAGUUUAAUCUAUGAUUAAAGACAUCAGUUGUGUAUGAAUUCUGCUAUUUUAUUUGGAAUUGUUCUUAAAGUAUGUUUGGUGAUGUAUUGGAUUAUGAAGUUUCUGUAUUAUGUAGUGGCGGCUUGCAUGUUAAAUUUAUUGUCGGCUUUUCUGU